UUCCUCAACACCGAAAGGAUCAAUGUAAACGUACCCUUGUAUCGUACCGGGCCCCUAAAUUUUUGCAACAGCAACAGCUCCGUCUGCUCCAAUAUCUUAUCAUCACAUCUUAUUCGUCCAUCCUGUGGUGCGGAUAACUUGUAACCUAAAGUGUUCGAUUGAGAGUUUCAGUAUAACAUUUCUCUCUGUUUGUUGUUAAAUUCUUUAACUUUUUAUUUUUUACUUUAACGUUUGAAAAAUGACGAGCAAGCCAGCAUACAAAGUUGCCGACAUCUCUUUGGCUGAGUGGGGGAGAAAAGAAAUCACUUUGGCUGAAAAUGAAAUGCCCGGAUUGAUGGCUAUUCGCAAAAAGUAUGGACCAGAAAAAAUUUUGAAAGGUGCCCGCAUUGCUGGCUGCUUACAUAUGACUGUGCAAACUGCUGUACUUAUGGAAACUCUCAUGGAACUUGGUGCCAAGGUGCAAUGGUCUUCCUGCAACAUAUUUAGCACACAAGACCAUGCCGCAGCUGCAAUGGCUAAAGUUGGAGUACCAGUUUAUGCCUGGAAAGGAGAAACGGAUGAAGAAUACAUGUGGUGUAUUGAACAGACUUUACUUUUUGAAGAUGGAAAGCCAUUUAAUUUAAUUCUAGAUGAUGGAGGUGAUUUGACUAAUCUGGUACAUAGUAAAUACCCGCAGUACUUGGAAAACUGCAAGGGUAUUUCAGAAGAAACAACAACUGGUGUGCACAAUGCAUAUCGCAUGUUGAAAGAUGGAAAACUCAAAGUUCCUGUUAUUAAUGUCAAUGAUUCAGUAACCAAAAGCAAAUUUGACAACUUGUAUGGCUGCAGAGAAUCUUUAAUCGACGGCAUCAAAAGAGCAACUGAUGUUAUGAUAGCAGGAAAAGUUUGUGUUGUUGCUGGAUAUGGUGAUGUUGGAAAAGGUUGUGCUCAAAGCUUGAGAGCAUUGGGAGGACGUGUAAUUAUUACUGAAAUCGAUCCUAUUAAUGCUCUUCAAGCAGCUAUGGAAGGCUAUGAGGUGACAACUAUGGAUGAAGCUUCUAAAAAAGGUCAAAUAUUUGUCACGUCUACGGGUUGCAAGGACAUAAUAACAGGAGCUCACUUUUUGAAUAUGCCAAAUGAUGCUAUAGUAUGUAACAUUGGACACUUUGAUUGUGAAAUACAAGUUGCAUGGUUAGAAGAGAAUUCAGUUGAAAAAACAAAUAUUAAGCCACAAGUAGACCGCUACAAAUUAAGUAGUGGAAGGUAUGUGAUUGUUCUUGCGGAAGGACGUUUAGUUAAUCUUGGCUGUGCAACUGGUCAUUCCAGUUUCGUUAUGAGUAACUCUUUCACAAAUCAAACACUUGCUCAGAUCGAGUUAUGGACAAAGUCUGAAUCUUACACAAUUGGUGUUCAUAUGCUUCCUAAAAAACUGGAUGAAGAGGUUGCGGCUUUGCAUCUUGAUCAUUUGGGUGUGAAAUUGACAAAACUUACCCCAUCUCAAUCUGAAUAUUUAAGUAUUUCUGUGGAUGGACCCUACAAGCCAGACCACUACAGAUAUUAAAUGUGCGAAAGUAAUUCGAUACUUUGUGAAUAAAAUCAUGCGAAUGACUAAAUCUGCAUUUAUCAUUGUUGGAAUAAC